AUGUACAGAUAUAUAUACUACAUUACAACAUUAUUGUUAAUUAUAACAAUACUAUCAAAACAAGUCACAUCUGACAAUGUGAAUUGUAUUUGGCAAGCCAAUGGUAACUGUGUCAAUGCAGCCUAUCCAUGCUCAUUGACUGACCCAUCAAACUGGGUGGGUGGCGUUGCCCCAGUUCCUGGAUCAUCGGAUAACUACACUCUCGAUAUCGACGCCACAAUCUCAUCACCUCAGUACAUAAUGAUGAACCAAACGUUUGGUGCCCAACAGAUCCAGUUGCUAAACAUAACCGGUGGUGCUCAGUUUGUGAUCAAGGGUAUUGCCGACAUAGAAACCAUCAACCAGACCAUAGUGGUCAACUCCCAGAUCAAUGUCUACUCCAACGCCUCGUUUGGCGAUGUCUCUCUGACCAACUCGACAUUAUCCGUCGUCCAGGAGUCUGUUACACUCAAUGGCUACAUCGCUUUUGACAUCAACUCCCACGUGUUGGCCCAAAACAAUGCACAGGUCACUGUAAAUGGUCCUGGCAACGUACUCUGCCAGCUACAGUUCAACGAUCAGUCCACUCUGGUAUUGCAGAAUGGUAAUGACCUCGUCUAUCUCAAAGGCGGACUGUUGAGCACCAACAUGGUCGUGGUGACCGAGAACACCACCAUCAUACUGGAGGGUGUAUCCACUCUGAGCAAUCUCAACGGCCAGAGUGGAGUGAUAAGGCUCAACCCAGGUUCAGACCUUAUUGUCAAUGGACCAUCCGUCCAGGUGGCCAGCUCCAUAUUGCUGUCACCAGGUAGUAACCUAUUGCUCAAUGGUACCAACACUGCCAACAUUGCUACACUGACUCUAUCGGACGAAACCUCAUCGGCCACCCUUAUCUCUGUCCAGGUGUCUGUUGGAUCGCUGUACUCUGACGGUGGACUUACUGUGCAAUCGAGCAACUUUGUCACCACCCAGCCAAGUACCGUCGCCCAGAUCACAUUACUAAGCGGCACAACGUUGCAAUCGAUGGCCAACAUCACAAUCCAAGAUCUGAUCAUCAAUGGCAGCAAUGUUGAGCUGAUCUUUGGUGGAGGUUCAGCCUUUGUCGGUCAAAAGACACAACAGCACACUGGUCCAUCGGCAGACUUUGACAUCACCGUCGCCAAGGCGGCACAGUUCACUUCGACCACCAAUCUUAACGUGAGCAAUGGUGAGAUCAUUGUCUAUGGCUACGUUGUCUUUGAAAAGUCUGUCACUGCAUCCAACGUCACAUUGCAGGAUACAGAGAGCAGUGUCACGGCCACGACAAGCGAGAUUAAUGCCAGCGUGAUCAUUAUCGCCGGUCAGCUGUACUACUCACCCAAUCAGCCACUGUCCAUCAGCGGAUCAUUGUCUAUCCAUACCGGAGAGUUUGUCACUGCACAGACCAUCAAUGUCGGUGGAUCCCUAAACCUGGGCAUUAUGACACUGCAGAUCAUUGGCAGUGGCAAGGUCCAAGUGCAGUCCAAUCUGCUGCUGUCGCCAGACACCAACAUCAUCUACGAGACCACGAUUCAACCAGGUGUAGGCAAUGGCGCACCAAUUGAGGUGCAGGGCACCGUCCAGUUGGCUGGAAACAUCAACGUUGUGUUUACACCAAGCGACUACUCCGCCAAAUAUGUGAUCGUGCAGUCUCAGAGCCAGAUCACAGGAUCGUUUGCCAAGUUGAUGGUGCCAGACGCCUCCUAUCAAUCGAGGGUGUCCAUCACCAACGGACAGCCACCCAACUAUGUACUGGUCACAUUCAAGCAACCAUCUCAACAGAUGGCCGGUUGGAAGAUUGGUCUCAUUGUCAUUGGCAUUAUGUUUGGUAUUCUACUUGCUGGUUUUGGAUUCUUGUAUUAUAAGAGACAUGAUGGAUAUCUUAGACUUAACAACUAA